GAUUUUUGACUGUGAAGGCUGGCAAAGGCUUAAAACAGAUCAUUUCUCCUUCAGCCUUUAAUCUGUGGUGAUAGUUCCUGUGUUGACAACCAACAAAGUGAAAGGUUUCCUUCAUGCUUCCUCUUCACGAGGACGAGGCGCCGCACGGCCCAACAUUUUCAUGGCCUGUUUUCCCAGAUCCUCCUUUCUGCGUACAGGAGCUGUCUGGGGAAGAAGGAACGGAGACUACCAAGAUUUCACAGAAAAAGCCGGACAGAUACGGAACAGAGUCACACAUCUCUAAAAGACUGGGCAGUUCAAGAUGUCAGCGAUUGCCCCUUCGGAAGAUGUGGCGAUGGCGCCCUUGGGAAAGGACUUGUCCCCAGACCUGCUAACCCAAAGUCGCACCCAAGAGCAGAGUUCUGACGAUGCCGAGGCAACUUUGCCCUGGGACCAAGCUCAACACGAUCCCGCUUUGGAGAUGCCACUGCUGGGGGUAUUGGAGAUGGACACCAGGCCUAGCCCAGAAGGGAGCGUAAAGGAAGCUGUGGUGGGUUCUGCCAUGGACCAUCAGGCCCUCCUGAAGCCUCCUGAGCACGAGAGCAACGGGAUGCCCGCCAUAGCAACUCAAGUCUCCGUCCCCAUCGACCCCUUCUGCAUCGAACGUCGUCCGAGGAGCCACAAGAAGCCGCAGUGGCAGCCUCAGGUGCCCAAGGACAGGGGGCAAUGUGGGAAGGAGAAGGAUGACCCCGAGAAGCAAACCUUCAUUGCCCAAGGCUGCUCAGCCUGCUUGGAUGACCUCCCCAGUCACGCUGGAGAGCCGCCCCAGGCCUCUUGUUGCCAGAAGAAGGGCAGCUGCAGCUCAGCCAACCUCAAAGCCGUGGCCUCCAUGAGUAGCGCCCUGAUCAUCUUCCCCUGCCUGAUCUAUGGCGCCUACAUCUUCCUGCCCUUCGAUGUGCCCACCAUGGCAACCAUGAGCUCCCGCCUCAUUUACACGCUUCGCUGCGGGGUUUUUGCCACCUUCCCCAUCAUUUUAGGGAUGAUCGUUUACGGGGUGUCCCGCCUGUGUUCCUCCUCCCUGCAGCCUUUUGAGGAGCUGAGCCGGGAGGUGGAGAUCCACCGGCACUACGUUUCCCAGUCGGUCCACCUCUUUAUCCUCUACUUCUUCAAUAUUGCGGUCCUUUCUACCUACCUGCCCCAGGAAGCCCUCAAGCUGAUCCCGCUGCUGACGGCCCUUUUUGCAAUUUCACGCCUUCUCUACUGGCUAGCGUAUGCCAUGGGCCGCUCCUUCCGUGGCUUCGGAUUCGGCUUGACGUUCCUCCCCCUUGUCGCCAUGUUGCUCUUCAACCUGUACAGUAUGUUUCUUCUGGACACGGAGAGCAUGUUUGCCACAGCCAGUCGCAAGGCGGGUCCCCCCCUGGAGAAGGAGCAGCAGCUGGCAGCCUCCAGGCCCCGAUACUGGGGGUGAAGAGGGCGAGACCCCAAGCUGGGAAACGUCCUGGUCUUUUCUUCGGUGGCUGAAGUGCUGCUGGGCUCCUCUCAGCCCUUGGCAAACUGUAGAAUUGGGAGGAGCCCCUGAGGCCAUGUAGUCUAACCCCCGCUCAGCCCAAACCAGUUAAAGUGCCCAGCAAGAAGACUGGCCACCCUCAGCUUGCAGAUACCCAUUGGAGGGGAGCCCAUCUCUCUGUACCGUUGGCUCCCCGGCCAGAUUGCGCGAAACCUUUUCUAAUGUUCAGCUGGGUGCUUUCCUGCAACUUGAACCCAUUACUUGGAAGGAGAGAGCGCAGGUCUUGCCCUUCUUCUCCCUUGCAGGGGCAGGAGGGGGCUGGCGUAUUCCUCUUCACCCUCUGUGGCAUUUCCUGAAGCUCAACAUGCCCCCACAUGGGGGUCUCUUUGCUUCCACUUUCCUGUUCAUCUCUAUGGCCCUUUUCUGAACCUCUUCCAGUUUCUCGGAACCCUUCCUAAGCUGUGAUGAAUUGGAGAUGGGUCUCAAGGUGGGCUGUGACCCCUGCAAGACAAACAGGAGCAAGUGCUUCCUAUAAGUGGGAAAUGCCAUAUAAACCCAAACUGGUCUCACGCCUGAUCAAUAGACUGGAUGAAAUAACCACGGAGGACCACUGGAAAGGAAAACUGGAAACAUCUCAUGUCUCCAAAAUGGAGGCCAAAUUCUGCUGCACAGUGUUCAGGAUGGAUUUGAAAUGGGGCAGCCCCCAGCGCGCUCUCUGUUAGAACCCACAGAUGGGGGCUACUUCUGAGCUUCUGCCUGAAAGUGGGUGGGAGAGCCCUUCUAGGUCUGGAAGGUGGUCAUCCCACAGCUUGGGAUGUGCUGAUGCUGAGCCAAAGCUGAGAAUGGAGUUGUUGUUUUUUUUUUUUUACAGGGAACAAAAAAAUUAAGGUGCAAAGCUUGCCUUGGAACAAAGACUGCCACAAGAUGAUUCGGGGAGAGCGUAUUCAUUUAAUUUGCAUGAAGCUACGCAUUGUGUAAUGGUAUGUGGGAAUGACCUUGGGAGAUGGGCAAAGAGAUGCUGCCUAGGGAACAGUUGGAAAAGAGAGGGCAGAGCCCGCAGCUGCAUAAUGGGUGGGGCAAGAGGCUCAGAAGGGACCAGCCCUAGGUUCUCGGGCUGCAAAGGAGAAGGUGG